AUGGCGAGAUAUGAUCGAGCAAUCACAGUGUUUUCCCCCGACGGUCACCUUUUCCAGGUAGAGUAUGCCCUUGAAGCUGUCCGGAAGGGUAACGCCGCCGUCGGAGUCCGCGGUGCCGAUACUGUCGUCCUCGCCGUCGAGAAGAAAUCCACCCCUAAGCUCCAGGAUUCCAGAUCAGCCAGAAAGAUUGUGAGCCUUGACAAUCACAUUGCAUUGGCCUGUGCUGGGCUGAAGGCAGAUGCUCGAGUCCUGAUAAACAAAGCGAGGAUAGAGUGUCAAAGCCACAGGCUUACGUUGGAGGACCCUGUGACUGUUGAGUACAUCACGCGGUACAUAGCAGGGCUUCAACAGAAGUAUACUCAGAGUGGUGGUGUGAGGCCUUUUGGUCUUUCCACUCUUAUUGUUGGUUUUGACCCCUACACUCGUAUACCAUAUCUUUAUCAGACUGAUCCAUCUGGUACUUUCUCUGCUUGGAAAGCUAAUGCCACCGGAAGAAACUCUAACUCAAUUAGGGAGUUUCUGGAGAAGAAUUAUAAAGAAAGCUCUGGCCCAGAAACUGUGAAGCUUGCUAUCCGUGCUCUGCUCGAGGUAGUUGAGAGCGGAGGAAAGAACAUUGAGGUUGCUGUAAUGACACGUGAGGAAGGUGGUCUGAGGCAGCUAGAGGAAGCUGAAAUCGAUGCUAUUGUGGCUGAAAUCGAAGCAGAGAAAGCUGCUGCAGAAGCGGCCAAGAAAGGCCCUUCAAAGGAAACAUGA